AUGUCCCCAUCACCCUUACCCCCCAACCUCAUCCCCGAAAUCUCCGCAUUCGUAACAAAAUGCAUGGCCUCCCACGACCCAUCCCACAACCCCCAGCACGUGCACCGGGUCGUGUCAUUAGCAAACCAAAUCCUAGUCCGCGAAAAAGCCCGGAACCCCUCUUCUUCUUCUUCUUCUUCCUCUGCAGUCUACAAUGCAGACAUAGUGCACCUCGCAGCCCUGCUCCAUGAUAUUGGGGACCGGAAAUAUUUAUCGCAGGUUGCGGCCAUUUCGGAGUCGAUUCAGGGCAAGCAGCAGCAGGGUACUCCUACUUCUACUACUACCAGCACCGCGGACUCAUCUGAGGCGGUGGAUCCUGAGCGGUUGGUUUAUUAUGUGCUUUUGGCACAUGGGGUGGAGGAGGAGCUGGCGGAGAAGGUGCAGAUGAUUGUUUCGCAUGUGUCGUAUACGACUGAGCGGGCGAAGCCGGAGGAGGUGAGGAGGUUGAUUGCCAAUGGGUAUCCUGAAUUGGGGAUCGUGCAGGAUGCGGAUCGGUUGGAUGCCAUUGGGGCGGUGGGGAUUGGAAGGUGUUUUACUUUUCUUGGGGCCAAGGGGAAGAACUUUUGUCCUGAGGGCAUGUGGGUGAUGGAUAAUGCGAUUGAGCAUUUUGAGGAGAAGUUGGUGAAGCUGGAGAGUAUGAUGAAGACGGAGACUGGGAAGGAGAUGGCUAAAGUGCGCACGGCCAGGUUGAAGGAGUUUCAGGGCUGGUGGGCGGAGGAAAUGAACGACGCCACAUAG